CAACAGAUGACCGCACCAAUAGUGAAUGACCCCAAGACGGAGCACUUACUCGAAUGGGUGGCAAGGAAUGGUGGCAAGAUCAAUAAGAUUGCUCCAUGGGAGUUUGAAGAUACUGGCCGAGGAAUGGUGGCUACAGAGCCAAUAAAGCCGCGUGAAGUCCUGAUUAGUCUACCUUCAUCUUUACUGCUCAACAUUCGAACACUGCAAUCCCGAUAUGGCCAGCACCUGAAGCAGCACUCUUUGACCGCGCACCAGCUCUUGGCCUUGCAUCUUUAUGUCGAACACUCGAUGGGACCCGAAAGUACUUUGAGGCCUUACAUUAAUGCAUUACCUCUCGUAGAGGACUUUGCCGGAGCACCGCUAUGCUGGGAAGAAGAAUGGCGAAAAUACUUGUCGAGCGCUGCGCAAAUGUUGUCGGAUAAGCAACUGCAGAAUUUCGAGAAGGAUUACUCGGCCAUACAGUCCUUCCUGGAAGCAUACCCUGAUGUCUGCCUGCCACCAUCACGAACGAAUCUCGUCUAUUGGUGGCUAUGUGUGAACACACGCUGUCUAUACGCAAAGGUUUCCAACACAAGCGAAGCAGACAACAUGACUCUAGCCCCAGUGGUGGACUUCCUGAACCAUUCACUUGAGCCCCACGUCGAGAUCAAAUUGACGCCGUCGUCUUUUCAAGUCAUUAGUACACGAUCAUAUCAGCCUGGAGAGCAGGUGUUUUUGAGUUACGGCCAACAUCCGAAUAGCUUUUUGCAAGUGGAGUAUGGAUUUGCAGUACCUGGCAACCCGUACAACGAAGUGCGCAUAGAUGACGAAGUUCUUGCCUUGCUGGGAAAAGAACAGAAGGAUUGGUUGGAUCGUGAGGGCUAUUUCGGUGACUACACAAUAUCGCAGCAUGGGCCGUCUUUCCGAGUCUUGGUAGCUCUGCGGCUGUCACGCAUUUCUCCCACGCAGUUGGCACCGGGAACACCCGAACUGAGGCGCCUCAAGCUGUAUAUGGAUGGUAUUUCUGAAGGGGAAGCUGAUGCUUCAGUUGUGAAGGACAGUUUGAAGCGGAUCAUGGAGGAGGUCGAGGCAAAGGCAAUAAUGACGUUGGAGUUUUGUGGUGACAAGGAGACCGUUGCGGCAAACGUCUUGAGCAGGGAUACCCAAGAUACACUUGCGGUUCUUACGUCAUUGAGGGACACGAAUGGACCUUGACGUGAUAUAACUGGUAUUUUUGAUACAUUGGGUCGCUAAGAGUUAGACGGGUCCCAACUACGUUAUGAUACACCACACACCCGCCUUCCGAGUUUGCCUACUUCAACGGCGAGAAGUCCAAUGGCACUAAAAUGCGA